ACCUCACAUCGUCAGUUCGUGCGGCAGCGCGGCUACAAGUACAUCCUGCAGUGGAACAGCUACUUCGACUUCGAGAACCUGGAGCUCGGCCAUUUCGACGGUAACAUUUUCGAGGAAGUGGGUUGCCCACGCACGGACUGCAUCUUCACGGACAACCACAUGGAUAUGCUGAUGCCUGCGGAAGACUACGAUGCCGUCCUCUUCCACAUGUACUACUUUUGGCUGAGCCCUCUUCCUCUGCCUACCAAGGGAACUCUCCCCGCCAGGCGCAGCCCUCACCAGAGGUACAUCUUCUUCAUCCUGGAGGCUCCGCCGAUGGCCGGCAUCUCCUUCCGGUACACGGGCGGCCUCUUCAACUGGACCAUGACGUAUCGCCAGGACUCGGACAUCGCGUGGCCGUACGCCGAGUUCGUUCCACUGGGCGACACGCCCGCCCCCGCCCGGGGCUGGCUGCCGGCGCCCGCCGCCCCCAUCGCCCCCUCCGCCGCCGCGGCCCUCGAGUCCGUCGACCCCUCAAGGCACGAAGGGGACAAGGUGCUGGUGGCGUGGUUGGUGUCCAACUGCCACACGCAGAGCCGGCGCGAGCAUUACGUUCGCGAACUAUCGAAGCACAUCCGCGUGGACGUGUACGGCAAGUGCGCCGCGCGCCCUUGGCCCAAGGACGAUGUCGAGGGCUUCUACCGCACGCUCUCCGCCAACUACACGUUCUACCUCUCCUUCGAGAACUCCCUCUGC